AUGUACUCGGCAAACUGCUCGAGCGUUGCUAUCGAGGAAUUCCCCAGGGAUAUCCCAGGCGGCACCCGGAUCCCGCACUGGGCGUAUCAGGAUGUCGUGACCAACAACACGUUCGACAUCCAGACGGCCAUCAACGACGCCUACUCGAACGCGCCCGAGUCGACCGCAUCCGCCAAGCCCACCUUCUCGACCUCGAAGUCCUCCGGACACAGCACGGCCACUGGCUCUGGCAUGGAGUCCAGCGGCUCCUCGUCCGCAUCGGGCGGCGGCAGCAAGACCAACGUGGGCGCCAUCGCAGGCGGCGUAGUAGGAGGCGUUGUCGGCCUCGCAGCCAUCAUCGGCCUCGUGUUCUUCUUCCUUCGUCGUCGCAAGCAGCAGCGCGCGAAGGCGCCUUCGUCGGCGUACCUCGCGCCGCCGAUGUCCUCUGCGACGCCGCCUCUGCCGCCCUCGACGCCCGGUGCCUUCAGCGAGAAGACGGAGUUCGUGCCGCCGAAUGCACCGCCGACGCCAAAGCUUUAUGACCCCUCUGAUCCCACGACCUUCCCGUCGUCGCCGGCGCCCACGGGCACGACGUACAGGCCCGAGUCGCAGUACGAUACGAGCGUACCGUACGGUGCGACGACGCUGCCGUACACUAAUCAGUACGAUGGCAGCAACAACAAUGCGCCAUAUCACCAGCCUCAGGCGCAGCACUACAGCGGCGUGCCAGAGGUCUGA